GCGGCCGAGGCGGCGCGGGGCGGCAGGCGGUCCAGCGGCUCGAGGCGGCCGCCCGAGGCGGACGCCGCGGACGAGGCCGCCAGGAGGAGCGGCCCGGAGAGGGAAGCCGAGGAGAAGAAGGAGAAAGCGCAGAAGAAGGACAAGAAGGAGAAGAAGGCCAAGCGGGAAGCCCGCGAGGGCAGGCCCGCCGCCAGGCGCUCGGCGCCCGCGGACCCUCCCGGCGAGGAGGUGAACACCACCUCGGGAGAGUCGGAGGACCAGACCACCCGAGUGGCUCGGAUGCCUCACAGGACCCACGCGCCGAGCCGCUCGGUGCUGAAGUCCAAGCGGAGCAAGGCGAAAGGUAGAAGAUCAUCUGCGCAGUUCACCUUUGCCGACGAGCAGGAGGACGGAGAGCUGGUGGAGACUGUGGUAGUCCAGUCCUUCCGCGACGAGGCGGAGGAGCUGUGGUUCAGCAACCCCCAAGCGCACGUCCUGUGCGAAAGGUGCCAGAGAAGAGUGCCGCAGAAGCAGGGGUCGCUGCGGGGCGGCUCCGGGGUCUCCUCCUUCAUGUGCGACGCCUUCCUGUGCAACCAGUGCGAGGCCGACAACGAGUGA